CUUUGGAUCUGGGCCAAGAAUUUGGAAAGUUUGUCUGUCAAAGUUAGCGUUUGUUUGAGAUCACUUAACGUUUCAGUGGGAGAGACCAGACCAAUGACUGGACCAGACAGUCACUACCCUUCCUUCCCCAACCAAUCACGCCUGAGAGAAGUCACAGGUCAAAGUUAUAUCAGCCCAAGAGGCAGAGACAGGCAAAGAGUAUUUGGGAACUGCUACACAGAACAACAGAGAAUAUUACCCUUUGAAUUCAGAAGAACCUUUCUAAGCCUGAAAGUAUACAGUGAACAACUAUGUCACCUAUUUUACUGAACGGUAUAGGGACUGUCAAUGACCAUUCUGAAUAUAUCGAACCCGAGGUCCCUUUCAAGAACCCCCAGAUCCAUGUUAAGAACCCCCACUUGGACACAAUGGAAGAGGACAUUCUCUAUCACUUCAACCUGGGGACCAAGACCCAUAACCUACCUGAAAUGUUUGGAGACAUCAAGUUUGUGUGCGUCGGCGGCAGUGCCAAUCGGAUGAAGUCCUUUGCCCAGUUCAUUCACCAGGAGCUGGCCUUGCCCGGAAACAUGCAUGACGUCACAGAUAUCUGUGAGGGAACCGACCGCUACUCCAUGUACAAAGUGGGACCUGUACUUUCUAUCAGUCAUGGUAUGGGCAUCCCUUCCAUCUCCAUUAUGCUCCAUGAGCUCAUUAAGCUGCUGCAUCAUGCCCGCUGCAUCGACUUCAUCCUCUUCCGCAUUGGCACCUCCGGUGGAGUCGGUCUGGCACCAGGAACAGUAGUGGUCACAGACAAGGCGGUGGACUGCUUCUUCCGUGCCCAGUUUGAGCAGGUGGUUCUAGGUAAGGUGAUCACCAGGAGCACUGAGCUCGACGUGGGCGUCUCCAAGGAGCUGCUGCAGUGCUCCUCCGAGUUAGACGACGUGCCCACCAUCAUCGGCAACACCAUGUGCACCAGUGACUUCUAUGAAGGUCAGGGUCGGCUGGAUGGAGCUCUCUGCUCCUUCUCCACUGAGGACAAGCUGGAGUACCUGAGGAAAGCCUAUAACACGGGAGUCAGGAAUAUUGAGAUGGAGUCCACCGUCUUUGCAGCCAUGUGUCGUGCCUGUGGCAUCAAAGCUGCAGUCGUAUGUGUGACUUUGUUGAACCGUUUUGAUGGGGACCAGAUCGCCACCCCUCAUGAUGUGCUGGUGGAGUACCAACAGAGACCUCAGGUUCUGGUGGCCCACUUCAUCAAGAAGCGCCUGGGCCUCGUCGUCUAAGCUCCCUCCGAUCACCUCUGCUGCCCGUGGAGUGUAUAUAGCUACAGUCCCAACUGAUAUGUGGAUAUAUGUAUAUAGACAAGUUGAUAUGUGAUCAGACAUUAUUUAAAAAGAGUUCUAAGAGUACAUGAAGAUGCAUUUUGCAGAUUUGUUUAAACAAAGCUCAAAGAGUGGAUUCUUAUGCAAUUGUGUGGUAUUUGUGUAUAUUUGUAUGGUAUUAUGUAUUGUGUGACUUUGAGUACUUUGACUGUGUAGAUGAAAUCGUUUUUCUGUGUUACUACUGGAUGACAUUAAGUCCUGUGACUUAAAAAAAAAAUGAAUCAAAUAUUUAAAGAAAGAAGCACUCUGACUGUAAUUGAAUCAAAUGACUCAUGCAGGAGUUAGCCACUGGUGUAGCUGGGAUAUAUUUCGAAAUGGAAAUACAUCUGACUUCAUUGUACCUGACAUUUUAAAAUCCGGAAUAAAUUCAUUUCAGGCCUG